AUAAAAAUAGAAUUUUGAUUUUUGAAAAGACAUUUACGACAUUAAGAUAUUGCAUUGUUCGUUAUGCGAUGCCCCAGUUUAACGCAAUCUCUGAAGUGAAGAGACGCGGAGUCUUAGAAUGAUAGCUUUUUCAUCUCUCUGCUUCUGCCACCUCACUCUCUACUCUUUUCACGAGAUGGGUCAGUGAAAGCUGACAGCUUGUCGGUGAUGCCAAUUCAUAUGCAUGCCCAUAUCUGGAGUUUGUGCUUAUUGAUUCGAGGCUCUAGUUUGCACCAGAUAGGUGCUUUGUGGAACUGAGUUGGUACGGUUGAAACGGUGAUUGUGUGACAAAAAUGGGCAGAGGGAGAGCAGAUGGGAAACCAAGAAAGCGGUUGGUCAUAACUGUGAUUGUUUUAGUGAUUGUCUGUGCUUUCUUUUACCUGUAUUCUAGGGAUAGCGCUUCAUCUUCUAUUGAGUAUGGUAGCAAAUCUUUGACAUUUGGAGGAGAUGACAGUGCUAUACCGAAGACCAUUCCAGUCUGUGAUGAUCGUCUCUCAGAGCUAAUUCCGUGUUUAGACAGAAAUUUCAUAUACCAAACAAGGUUGAAGCUUGAUCUGACUAUGAUGGAGCACUACGAGCGACACUGCCCCAUGCCUGAGAGGCGCUAUAAUUGUUUGAUUCCCCCUCCUCCAGGAUACAAGAUUCCAAUCAAGUGGCCCAAAAGCAGAGAUCAGGUAUGGAGGGCAAAUAUACCUCAUACUCAUCUUGCAACUGAGAAAUCUGACCAGAGAUGGAUGGUUGUAAAAGGUGAAAAGAUAGUUUUUCCUGGUGGAGGAACUCACUUCCAUUACGGUGCUGACAAAUAUAUUGCAUCAAUUGCCAAUAUGCUUAACUUUCCAAACAAUAUCAUAAAUGACGAAGGAAGACUUCGCAAUGUUUUUGAUGUUGGCUGUGGUGUUGCAAGCUUUGGAGGAUACCUUCUUUCUUCUGAUGUAAUAGCAAUGUCAUUAGCACCAAAUGAUGUUCAUGAAAACCAAAUACAGUUUGCUUUAGAAAGAGGAAUUCCCUCAUAUCUUGGUGUCUUGGGGACAUUAAGACUCCCUUACCCCAGUAGAUCUUUUGAACUUGCCCAUUGUUCUCGCUGUAGAAUUGACUGGCUUCAAAGAGAUGGCAUACUUCUUCUUGAGCUAGAUAGGUUACUCAGGCCAGGAGGCUACUUUGCGUACUCAUCUCCUGAAGCCUAUGCUCAGGAUGAAGAGGAUCAAAGAAUAUGGAGGCAAAUGAGUGCUCUUGUAGGGCAGAUGUGUUGGAAAGUUGCUGCUAAGAAGAACCAAACUGUAAUAUGGGUGAAGCCUCGUACAAAUGACUGCUACUUAAAAAGAGAGCCUGAUACUCACCCUCCCCUCUGCAGUCCUGAUGAUGAUCCUGAUGCUGUUUGGGGAGUUAAAAUGAAAGCUUGCAUCUCACGUUACUCUGAUCAGAUGCACAAAGCAAGAGGAUCUGGUUUGGCUCCUUGGCCAGGUCGAUUGACUACUCCACCUCCUCGUCUUGCUGACUUUAACUAUUCUACUGAAAUGUUUGAAAAGGACAUGGAACAUUGGCACCAAGAAGUUGUUAAUUACUGGAAAAUGCUUGGCAAUAAAAUUAAGCCAGACACAAUUCGGAAUGUGAUGGACAUGAAGGCACAUUUGGGCUCAUUUGCUGCUGCUUUGAAGGACAAAGACGUUUGGACUAUGAAUGUGGUGCCAGAAAAUGGACCAAACACUCUCAAGAUCAUAUAUGAUAGAGGGCUGUUAGGAACGAUUCACAACUGGUGUGAAGCAUUUUCGACCUACCCUCGAACUUAUGAUUUGCUCCAUGCAUGGGGUAUAUUUUCUGAUAUCAUUGCGAAAGAAUGCAGUCCAACAGAUUUAUUGAUUGAAAUGGAUAGAAUCCUGAGGCCUAAAGGUUUCGUCAUUGUCCAUGAUAAGCGUUCAGUGGUGGUGUUUAUAAAGAAGUUCUUGCCAGCAUUGCACUGGAUUUCAGUGGCCACAUCUAAUCUCGAGAAAGAUUCAAACCAAGACAAAGAUGAUGCAAUUUUGAUAAUUCAGAAGAAGAUUUGGUUGACAAGUGAGAGCAUCCGGGUUUCAGAAUAGAAGCAUAUUCACUUUGAAGUUUAAAGUCUCAUCAAUACACAGUCAUGGAAAAUUGAUCUUAUAGCUCUUUUCAUGUGCUCUGGGUUCUCUUUUAUAUGUUAUUCAUAUCCUCUACAGCAUAGGUAGAAGUGUCAGCGAAAGAUCAUCUAAAUCAUGUUGGAUGAUUUUAUUUAAUUUUGGACACAAUUAGUCACCCUUUUGUUGUGAUUAAGAUAAUUAGAUGAAUUUGAGGAAAGAUUUUGUUUUUCUAAAUCAAUUGGAACAUAUUACAGGAUAA